CGGAAAGCCUGACGGGCCAAUGUUCAGACAGGCGCCAUGAUUUUCCUGAGGAUGCGGCUAGAAAAUGGUCGCUUCCUGCUUGAAUAAACGCGUAGCCGACAGGUGAAAGGUUCCCCGCUGUUUAAAGCUCGCAGUUGAAAACACGUGUUCACUGGUUCCAGUAGAGAUCAAAAUGGAUUUGUUGACGUUAGAUUUGUUGUCGCUUUCGAAGCGGAGCAGAGUGAGCUAGGUAGCUAUUGCUAUCAGCGAAGCUAGCUCGGUGAGGCUAGCACAGGAUUCUAACCGGUUUUCACCACAAAUAUUAAACAUUUGAUUCUGCUUGGUUAAAUGACAGAGGUGUUACAGGACCAAAGCUCACACCUUGAGUAACAGGUAUGACCCGGUUCUGAUUCGGACAGUCCUGGUGAUGGCAGAGGGGACUCACACUGGCGAAAUGCCCUCCUUUGACCCAAGUCCUGGUGGUUCUGAAGCUAAAAAGAGACCCAUUUCAUCAGAUGGCAGAGACGAACCCAUGAGGAAAAUGCCUUUGACAAAGUUUGGACCCCAACCUCGGUUUGAGCCUGUGCACUUCGUUAGCAGUGGGAGCAGCGGAGGAACCGGCACCGAUGAGAAGGAGAACGAUGAGGAGCGCAGGAAGAGUGAGUCGCACGGCGGCAGACCGUGGGAGUCCCACCACUCUGCCGCCAGCGGCUGGGCGCAGGGCUUCUCCUCCCUCAGGCCCACUUUCGACCGAGUGCCGUCGCACUCGGGUGACUUUUGGGGUUCCCACAUGGACCGAGACGGUUCCUCAGGUAGCACUAGUGGACUGGGUUAUGGAGGCCGCAUGCCGUCUUCGAACUACAUGGCGAGAACGCAGCAGGACUACACUGCCAAGUACGUAGCGCACGCCUCCUCUCACAGCUUAAACUCGUACUCGAAGCCGCAGAGGUUUAAUGGCUAUGGCGGCGGCGGUGGCGGCGGCAGCAGAACCAGCAGCUGGGAUUCGGGUCGUCAGGGUUUGGGUUACGGCCAUCAGGACCGGCCUUUCAGCAGAGUCUACAGCGGCCCAAGCGCUGCCAGUCCCAAAGCAGCAGAGUCCGCGAAGCCUCUUCUGAUAUCUCACUCCGCGCUAGAGGAGAAGCAGAGGCUGAUCACCAGUGUUGCCAACGCGUUAUCUGUUGCCUUCAGGAACCCUGUGUUGAUGACAGGAAGCGACUCACCGAACUACAACUUCAUGUUGAGCCGCAGCAUCCAGGCCUGCAAGACCAACCCAGAGUACAUUUACGUCAACCUGAAGGAUAUCCCACAAGCGGACCUGCCAAAGAACAGGAAAGUGCCGACGGACGGCUACGCCUGUGAACUGAGAUGUCAGGGCGUGUAUCUGGCAACCGGAUAUUCGGGCAGCAAAAACGGCGCAAGAGACCGCGCAUCCGAGCAAGCUGUGAAGCUCUUCCUGAAGCCGGUGGAGGUCCGCGUUGUGCAGCGUCGAUACCGACACCUGGUGGUCAGUGACAUAGUCGUGUGCCAGACACACAGCCCAACGCCUGCGUUCCUGCCGGCGCUCCGAAACCCAGAGGACAAGCCGAUGCCGGGCUCCAAGGGCCAACAUGAGCCCGACCGAAACAAGCACUGGACCGAGUUUGUGGUGAUGGACAACGCGUACGACGCCAUCUGCAUUCUGAACAACUCCAACGCCUUCAACCGCAUGAAGAUUGACUACAAGUUCCUCCAGCUGCCCAGCAACCUGUGGCAGUGCAGCAUCUUCCUGCAGGACGAGCUGAUAGCGCAGGCGACAGGGACGAAGAAGAGCUCCAAACAUGCCGCCGCCGAGGAGGCUGUGAGGAAGCUUCGCCUCAACCAAGCACAACGGCAGCCCUGGCAGAAACAGUCCUUCAGAAGUAAUCCGCAGGAUUCUGGCAACUGCUUCCCACCACAGUCGGACUGCGAUUCUUUUGGAGUGAAAAAGAAGCAACUGAGCGAGCUUGUGAUCUUGGAGAAUAACGAUAACGCCAUCUGCAUCAUCAAUGACACGGCUCAGUUUAACAAAGUGAGCGCGGAUUACAGAUUCUCGGUUUUGCCCGAUCAUCACUGGAAGUGCGAAGUUUACCUGGAAGGGCAGUACGUCGCAGCGGGAGUCGGGCCGAAGAAGUUAGUGAAGCACAUUGCGGCGAAUGAGGCGUUGUCCACCUUACGACAGACUCAGGCGGUCGUCAAGUCCAACUUGAGGAAGGAGGGACACAACGGCGCCAUUUCCCGCUCUCAGAUUCUCGCUCGCUCUGGCGAGGAUGCGCUGAAGCAGGAGAUCAAGGAGGAUAACAUCGGAAACCAGCUGCUGCGUAAGAUGGGCUGGAAAGGCGGCGGCCUCGGCCGGGACGGCGACGGCAUCGCCGAGCCAAUCAGAGUCAAGGAGCAGUUCUCCAGGGAGGGUCUGGGCAUGGAAAUGGUUAAAGCGGGAAACCUGCUCAGCAAGCGGGACAUUGAGGACGUCAUCCGCAACUACGCCAGCUCGGACAGAACGGACGACCUCCGCUUCUCCAACGAACUCACCGAUGACGAGCGCAAGCAGAUUCACCAGAUUUCCCAAAAAUACGGCCUACGCAGCAAGUCCUACGGACAGGGAUGGGACCGGUUUCUGGUCGUCAGUCGGAAAGUACACAAAGACCAGCUGAUUGGUCAGCUCUUACAGGAAGGACAGGUUGGCCGAUACGAACUCGUCAAGCCUCAGGCGUCUCAUUAAACUGCAUGAAAAUAAAUUGGAAAUUUCCUCCGAAUUGGACUUCAAAACAUAUCACAGCUAGGCCCGGUUCGGACAUGGCAGCAGCAUGCGUCCUGGCUUUAAAUUUCACCAUUUAUACCUGAAAAAAAACCUGACACUAGGGAUCAUUUAGCUGCUUCACAUGUAGCACUACACACAGUUUGCAUCAGAUGUUACAAUAGCCAUUAAUUUUGCUGUUAUAUUGAUAAUGUUUCAGGGUAAAAUAACUCAAAAAAAGAACUUUUGAAGACAAUACUUGGGUGAACGAAGUUUGAAUUUAUUGUGGAUUAAGAAUUAUACAUUUUGGCUCAAAUUUAUACAAACAACUCUUUAGCUUCUGGUUAGUUUACAAAAACACUCCAAAUUUUAAUUGAAGUGUUUGCUUAAUUUUACUGGGAUAAUUGAUCGCUCUUGGUAGAAUUAGUAUAGUUCAUUAAAAUCAGAUGACUUCCUGCUACUGACCUGAUUUUUUUUUUAAGCAUAAACCACAUAUUUUCAAAAUCUCUUUAUCUCAAUCCCAACAUUGACACUUAAAAAUUUUCCACCUCUGAUGAAAUGUUAUUGGUUAGGAGAUUCAGAAACCGUGAAAACCACCAAAUAUGGAAGAAACACUUUAAAAUUUAAAAUAAGUUUUUUGCUCAGUAAAGACAAAUGUUUGAGCUACACUGCAAAAACACAAAAUCUUACCAAGCAUUUUUGGUCUAGUUUCUAGUUUGUGUGAAAUAAGAUAAAACUAACGUACAAGUAACUUUUCAGCAAGAUAUGAGUUUGUUUUAAGUAAAUAAUUCCUUAAUUUUGAUUUAAAAGAACAACUAUUUCAACUGGCAAGUUGUUUCCCUUAUAACAAAACAAUUUUCCCAUAAGUGAAAUAAUCUACCAGAGGACCUAGAAACCUUUUCAUCAACAACAAGGACUUGUUUACUCAAAUCAAACUUGUAUAUCCUGCUGAAAAGUGGCUUGUAAUUUAGUUUUGUCUUAUUUCUAUUGUACUAAGAUAUUAGAAACUAGACUAAAAAUGCUUGGUAAAAUUUUGUGUUUUUGCAGUGUAGAUUUGAAGUUGACGCUUUGAGACACCAGAACGCCGCCAGCUGGUGGUGGCAACAUCAUGCUAAGGGAAAGUAGGGCUCUAGAAAGAUGUCAGCCCUAUUGAGAACUCAUGGCCUAUGCCUAAAAGGUCAAUUUCAAGGUCAUUCUAGGUCAGUGCCAGGAAAUAGUCAUAAUAAAGAAGGAUCAUGCAGAAAGUUUGAAUGUGAUUUCUCUGCAACUUACUCAGGGAAAAUUAACCAAAUAUUUAAACAUGUAUGUAUAUAUUUGAGCCUGAAUAUGUAAUUAAAUUAAAACUAGGGAUGGGCGAUAAAUCAGUUGUAAUUUUCACCAUUGGGUUUCCAUGGUUCAGAGUGAUGUCAGCACGCCCAGGGCGGCCAUCUUGUUUGACUAGUUUGUUUUAUUUACUUUGAAUUCAGAUCAACUUACAGAAGGAAUGAGUAAGUAAUAAGUUUAAGAUAUUCUCUUUCAUUUGUAUUUUACAUUUUUUGAAAGGAAAAAAAAAUCUAAUUUUGAUUUUAAAAAAUUUGAUAUUUUAUUUUUUAACCCACAUCCCUCAGCACUAAUUCAAACUUCUUCACCUGAUUCUUGUUCUUAAAAUCAUUAAAUAUUUUCUUUCCAUCCUUUUGGCAAAAAAAAAAAAAGAUUAUAAUAAAUAAAUAAAAGCUCAAGAUGAAUGUUUAUGAAAGUGUGAGUGCCGUCCUGACAAGAGAAACCAGAUGUGAUUGGACCAGCCAGGACCAACGCUGAUGCCCAGUCUGAAUCGGGUCCAACCGCAAAAACACAAAAUAUCACCAAAUGUUUCUGUCUAGUUUCUAGAUAAUUCAACAUAUUUGAAAUAAGAUAAAACCAAGAUUUAAUUUUUGGAAAAUCUGGGAAUUUUAAUUUAUUUUUUACCAAUUUACUCCUUAUGUUUCCAUAGUUCAAAGUGAUGCCAGCGGCGGCCAUUUUGUUUGACAAACUUUGUUUUACGACUGAAUAUUAGGGCCAGUCUAUGAUUUAUUUUAAUUACGGGGAUAAAGUCAUAAUAUUUGGAGAGUGAAAUCAUAAUUUUAUGAGAACAAAAACAAAAACAAUUUGGUCAUGGUUUUACAGAUAAGUACUUAAUCUUUUGACAUAUCAGCAUCAAAUUACCAUCAGCAGCAGGACUUUGAAACUAAAACGAAUCACAGCUGGUCAUGACAGAUCUUCAACAUUUUUUUUUUCUAAUUAAAACAACUUUUUUUUCCUCCUAAUUUUAAGACGUUUUAUGGUAAAAUUGUGUCUAUUCUGUUAAUAUUAUAACUAUAUUCUCACAGUUAAACAUUCUUGUAAGCCAGGCCCUAAUACUCUGUUGUACAACUCACAGAAGAGACAAUAAAAACCACUUUUGAAAAUA